AUGCAUACUAAUACACAUUAUAAAAACUUUUCAGAAAUCAAUUUGCAAGAAAAUAAAACUAUUCCAAUUCCAAAUUAAUUUCUUAGUGCUAGAACCAUAAGACCCUCUCUUUUUUUAAAUGAAGAUCUUCAUCUUCCAAUAAUCUCUCCUUAAAAAAGAUAAACUACUGAAUAUCACAUCAUUAAAUAAACUCUACCUAAAAGUCAAGCUGUUAGUCCUGUCUUUAGAAAAACUUAAACUGAAUAAGAUGUAGAAGAUCAAUUUCUAUUUUAAAAAAAUACAGUCAGGAAAUCUAAAAAAUAAAAAUUAUUUCUUAAAGACCAUCGUCAAUCUCACUAACUAAUACCUUAAAUUGAAAAUCAUUUUCAUAAUACGCCUGAAAUUUCUACUCCCAAUAAUAAAAUGUCCAUCCUUAAUAAUUUUCCUAAUGAAUCUCAACCUUUGAACUCUCCUUUUGCAAAAUUAGGUGCUCUUGUAUUAAAUCAAGAAUAUCCAAAUCAUAUCAUUGAUUAUAGAAGUUCAAAAGAAAUUGAUCAACCAUAAAAUAUUCGUAUGUCAUUACCUGACCAAUUCAUUUAAUCAAAUUAGAUUCAUAAACCACCACAACAUAAAAAAGGUGUUUCCUUCCGUAGAUCCAUAUUUGUAAUUGAUAUCAAUAAUGGACAAGUCACUAAAGAUUAAUUAUCAGAAAAUGCAAAACCACUAUAGUACAUAUAAAAAUCAGAAAUUAAAGAAGAAGAUCAUAAUGAUAUCAAAAAACUAAUAUUUCGAAGAACAAGAAAUUUACAUUAGAGUGACACCUUAAUCUGAG